AUGACUCGCCAGGUAUUUCCUAGGAAGGAAGGAGCAGAAAAUCAGCUACUUUUUGAAUUUUGGUGUGUAACAUAUCCAGGCUCAAAUUUGUCCGUGAUCAGGGGCUAUUUGAUGCUAAGCUCACCUAGCUGGAGCCUGCGGCCACUUUUCACAGCCACUCCUCAUUGCUCAGAUGCCAAGCCAUGCCAGAUUGUCAGCCAGAUCUGGUCCGAGGUAUACCUACUCCCGGAUCUUAGCCGUACUGGAGAGACCACUCAGCAUCACGAUAGUGGACUUUCGGCGCACACGUGA